GGGGACCUUUCGGCGAACAUCUGUGAGCGCGGAAAGCCGCGGCAGCUGCGGGCUGCGGCGCUGCCGCGGGGAGUCGGGCGCGAGUGAACCCCAGCGGAAAGACCCCGAGAGAAAUCAUGCGGAGCUCCGCCAAGCCCUGCAGCGCAGCCAUCAAAGCGGGCAGCCAUGGGCCUGACCGUGCUCGGCCCCUCCCUGUGGCCUCGUCUGGGAUGAAGAGUUCCAAGUCUUCAACCUCUCUGGCUUUUGAGUCCCGGCUCAGCAAGCUCAAGAGGGCCAGCAGUGAGGACAUGCUCAACAAACCCGGAAGUGCUGCCUCGGCAGGGACAAUGCGACUGAAGAAGACCGUGACCUCGGGGGCCAUCUCUGAACUCACGGAGAGUCGCCUGAGGAGUAGUGCAGGAGCUGUUUCAACAGUCAAACGGACAGGCAUUCCAGCUCCACGGGAACUUUCAGCAACCAUCUCAAGAGAGAGGUCUGUGCCUCGGGGUCCCUCCAACCCAAAGAAGUCAGGGUCCAGUCCAACUUCCUCCUGUACUCCUACCCCCACCAAGCACCUGAGGACCACUUCCACAAAAGCCAAGCAAGAGCAGGAAGGUGGAGAGAAGGCCGUGCUCGAGUCCCAAGUUCGUGAGCUUCUCGCAGAAGCCAAAGCCAAAGACAGUGAAAUCAACAGGCUCCGGAGUGAGCUAAAGAAGUGUAAAGAGAGAAAGGACACUGGUGCUUCAGACCCAAGUGCAGAUGGUGCCUCGGCCCCACCAGGUGACACAGAGCCUUUGAUAAGAGACCUUGAGGAGAAGAACAAGACCUUUCAGAGAGAGAUUGCUGACCUAGAGGAAGAAAACCGGGCCUUGAAGGAAAAACUGACUUACCUUGAGCAAUCACCAAAUUCAGAAGGGGCAGCAAGUCAUACUGGGGACAGCAGCUGUCCAACAUCUAUAACCCAGGAGUCAAGCUUUGGAAGUCCAGCUGGAAAUGAGCUGUCUGGUGAGGCUGGCGAGUACCAGAGGAACACACAUGGAAGUGCACUGCGGACCUCGGGCUCUUCAAGCAGUGAUGUUACUAAAGCAUCUUUGUCGCCUGAUGCCUCUGAUUUUGAGCACAUUGCUGCAGAAACCCCAUCCCGGUCCCUGUCAGCCACUAGCAACCCUUUUAAGAGCUCCAAGUGCUCUCCCAUUGGGAGUUCCCCCAACAAUGCAAGUGAGCUGUCUCUGGCUUCCCUGACUGAGAAGAUCCAAAAGAUGGAAGAGAAUCAGCACAGCACCGCAGAGGAGCUGCAGGCUACUCUGCAAGAAUUAUCAGACCAGCAGCAAAUGGUGCAGGAACUGACAGCCGAGAAUGAGAAGCUGUCAGAUGAGAAGACAAUUUUAGAGACGUCCUUCCACCAGCAUCGAGAGAGGGCAGAACAGCUAAGCCAAGAGAACGAGAAACUGCUGAACCUCUUACAGGAGCGUGUCAAGAACGAGGAGCCCGGUGCCCACGGGGUAAAAGUCUUCGAGCUGGAGCAGAAGUGUGCAGAUGUUCUUGAGAAAAGCCGCUUUGAGAGAGAGAAGCUGCUCGACAUUCAGCAGCAGCUGACCUGCAGCUUGCGGAAGGUGGAGGAGGAAAACCAGGGAGCUGUCAACAUGAUCAAACAACUGAAGGAAGAAAAUGAAAAACUGAGUGGGUUUCUAGAACUCGAACGGUGUAAUAAUUCUGCGAUGGCCAAAACUUUAGAAGAAUGUAGAGUUGCUUUGGAAGGUUUGAAGUUGGAGAACGGGUCCUUGAAGGCUCAUUUGGAGGCUGAUAAGCAAAAGGCCACAGAGGUCAGCAGUACCAUAGGGCAGACAGCAGAGAACUGCGAGGUUCAGGAAAUAUUGAAAGUAACUCGAGCUGAGAAAGAUCAGUUGGAACUGUCCUGUACUGAGCUUAGACAAGAAUUGCUAAAGGCAAAUGGUGAAGUUAAACAUGUUUCGAGCCUGCUAGCCAAGAUGGAAAAGGAUUAUUCCUACCUGAAGGAGAUCUGUGACCAUCAAGCAGAACAGCUGAGCAGAACCAACCUAAAACUGCAAGAGAAGGCGACAGAGAGUGAUGCAGAGAUCAAAGACAUGAAAGAAACAAUAUUUGAAUUGGAAGAUCAGGUGGAACAGCACCGUGCCGUCAAGUUACACAAUAAUCAACUCAUUAGUGAACUGGAAAGCAAUGUGAUCAAGCUGGAGGAGCAGAAGUCAGACCUGGAACGACAGCUAAAGACCUUGACAAAGCAGAUAAAGGAGGAGACAGAGGAGUGGAGGCGGUUCCAGGCAGAUCUGCAGACUGCUGUGGUGGUUGCCAAUGACAUUAAGUGUGAGGCCCAGCAGGAGCUGCGCACUGUGAAGAGGCGACUGCUGGAGGAGGAGGAGAAAAAUGCCAGGCUGCAGAAGGAGCUGGGAGACAUUCAGGGCCACAGACCUGUGACUGAAGAGCCGGAGCCUGCAGAGGCUGGCGCUGCUGGCCGGUGGCAUGGCGGCAUCUAUGUCAGCAGAGCAUCUCCAGCGCCUUCGGACUCUGCAGCCACUGUAAAGUCACUGAUCAAGUCAUUUGAUUUGGGACGUCCAGGUGGAGCCGGACAGAAUAUUUCUGUCCACAAGACUCCCAGAAGUCCCUUAAGUGGAAUCCCAGUGAGGACUGCUCCAGCAGCUGCUGUCUCUCCAAUACAGAGGCAUUCGACUUACAACAGCAUGCGGCCGGCCAGCAAAGGGAUAACUCAGCGCUUGGAUCUUCCAGACCUUUCCCUCUCGGGAACCGGUGGAUAUGUUGUUGCCCACACAGAUCUUCUGAAAGGAAGGGCUGAGGACUUGAAGCCAGACCCUUACCUUCGAAAGAGUCCCUCACUGGAGUCGUUGAGCAGACCCCCCUCCCUGGGGUUUGGGAGCACCAGACUGCUGAGCACCUCCACUGGGGGGUUGAAACCACCAAGCAAACUCAGUGUUGAAAGAAGAGACCCUCUGGCAGCCUUGGCCCGGGAAUAUGGUGGCUCCAAGCGUAACGCGCUGCUCAAAUGGUGUCAGAAGAAGACGGAAGGUUAUGCGAACAUUGACAUCACCAACUUUAGUAGUAGCUGGAGCGAUGGCCUGGCCUUCUGUGCUCUGCUUCACACCUACCUACCUGCCCAUAUCCCGUACCAGGAGCUGAACAGUCAAGAGAAAAAAAGGAAUCUCUUGUUGGCAUUUGAAGCAGCUGAAAGUGUGGGCAUCAAACCUAGCCUGGAGCUCAGUGAGAUGCUGUACACAGACCGACCUGAUUGGCAGAGCGUGAUGCAGUACGUGGCCCAGAUCUACAAGUACUUUGAGACGUAAAUCCCAGGCCGCGGACUACAGUUUGCCCUGGAGGUACCUGCUUGCUGCCCGCCCCACUCGCACCGCGCUGCCCGCCACACCUGCGCUGCUGCAACACGCGCGCUGCCCGCCACGCCUGCGCUGCCCACCGCCCAGCUGCCUGCAAGGCAGACUCAAGCCAGGUGGACCAACACCAGUAAGAAACAGCUGGCUCCGCCAGGGCCCUGUCUCGGGUGCAGCUGUGUUUGGAGCGUCAGCUCAAGAAGCCUUGUUUACCCCGGGAAGGUUCUAAAGAGGAUGGCCUUCCCUCCUGCACACUGAGGCCCCAGGCCUGAUCCUUUCUGCGGGCAUCCAGGAAAACAUUGCCAGACACACUUGGGGGUGAGACACGAUCUCCAGGGAACCCUGGCAAACAGCACUUCCAAAUCACCUUUUCUUUUCUUCCUUCCUUUUUUUCAAACUAAAAUAACCUAGCUUUUGCUUUAUUAAAACUUCAUCCUUACCAACUGCCUGCCUGCCAAAUAAAGCAGUGUCCCACAAAACAAACAAACACACACACACACACACACACACACACACACACACACACACAGCAACUUUUCCUCUCUCAAGCAACCUGGAAACAUUCUGGCCAUUCCACGUGGGGAAACUGUGCGCUAAGCCCAAGUGACCUAGGACUAUAUCACACUUUACAGAUCUCACUGUCCCCUAUCUCAGUCCUUACUGAGGGUCCCUUUGAGGCAUCCCAGCGGCCAAGCAGCCUGAGCGCCGUGGCUAGUUUCCAGGCUGAAAAGGAGACAUGGUCCUUGCCUGCUCACACUCCCGCGUAGCAUCACGUAUCUGUCCUACACAUGGAGCUUAGCAGACGUCGCGUGUGUGAAUGGCCUGUGACUGCCUUGCUCUUUGCACAUUUGCACAGUGAAACACACUGGGAUGUGUGUCUCUUGGGAACCUGGGCAGACAGGAAUCUAAGCAGUGUUUUAACUCUCACCAGGCGUGGGCUUUGGUGCGUCGUUAGGCCCGGGGAUGAGUAAGUACAGCAGAGCAGGGGCGCAGCUUCCCCUAAGCCCUGCUGGCCCCACCCUGACAGAGUGCUGACUGGCCUGGCCUUCUGUGUGGCUUGUGCUUGGAAAUAACGGCUGCCGUGAGUCUGUGAAUGCACAACCACAUCAUAUCUGGACAAAGCAGGCCGGUCUUAGGUUUCCUUUCUUCAUCCAGUAGCUUUGCAGUUGCUAGAGAGACCAUCCAGAGUACAGACCUUGGCUGGAAGAAAAUACAUGUCCUGCCAAGCAUGGUUCUACCUGCUCGUGGUCCUAGCUAUUGUGAAGGCUGAGGCCAGGGGACCAUUUGAGUUUGGGAAUCUGGGACUAGCCUAGACAGCACAGUGAGACAUCUCCCUCCUCCCCCUGCCCCGCAUCUCAAGAAAGAGACUCCCAGAAUGGAUCAGACAUCUCACAGUGAGGACUCUGUCGUGUUCUCUUCCCUGCUGUCCACGGCUCGAGCUGUGUCCCAGACUCUGAUCUUCCUCUUCCCCCUGGCAUGUCACUGGCCCUCAAGGUGGAGAACUUGGGCCUUUAGGGACAAACCCAUCUGCCAAAUCCAGCAGUUCUCAUCAUUCCAACUCGAGUGCCAUUUUGAGAUGCUUUGCUAUGACACAUGUGAAAGAACCUCACAGCCUUUUCAAGAAGUAUUUUUAAUACCUGCAACUGCCCGUGUUCCCUGGGCAUUUCAGUCCUCUGACUGAAAUUGGAGUUUUGCUGAUCGAGACCAUCUGAAUAGCCCUCUGAUUUUAACUACACUAGUUGAAUGCACUUGAUACCUCUGUGGCCUCGCUUCUGUGAAGAGCACACUAGAUGGCACCAAGCACUGUCAGGACGUCACAUGCUAACACAGAUGUAUGUAACUCCUAACAAAAGUGUAACAUGUACCACUGUGUAAUAUUUCUAAUAAAUAUAUUUUGUUUCUGU